GAGGGAAAAUAGACCGUCCCAUAGCCCAGUGCGCUGCCUGCUGUCUCUGCUCCCUGUCUGCUGCUCUGCUUUAAGUCGUGGAAAAUAUCCUGCGGAGCCAGGCAAACACACUUUGUUUCAUUAUAUAACCAGUGAGAGACCAAACUGCAGCACAGAACCAGAGCUGGUCCGAGAGAUGUCCUGCAUGCAGAAUAUGAGCACCUCACCGCCUUACAGAGUCCUGUAACCAAUGGCAACCUCAGUCCAGACACUUCCUCUGACCCGUGGCCCCAGCAAAAAUUUCCGUGACCCCUUCCCGGCCCCACCCCUCUCCUCAUCCCGUUGCGGCAUGGGAAGCGUAGGUAGUCUGGUGGAGCGGCCAGAUGUUUCUCCAACUAAAGGCAGUCGUGCGGUGCCCCAGGUGAGACCCAAACAGACCAACGGCCUCCUGAAGAAAGGCUUCACCCAGAGAGAGCUCCUCAACUACCUCAAUAUCACCAGGAAAGAGCCUAAAGCAAGCCAAAGCAGUGACAGCAAGAAGGACAUCAUCUCUGGUGUCGGCUCUACCGAUGGACUAGACAACGAGAACCUAUAUGCAAAGGUGUACAAUAAAGACGGCACUGAGGUCGACUUGACUAAAAAUUCACUGCCAAGCUCGGGCAAGUAUGAAAAGGCUCGUUUUAGGUCCUCUGCCUUCAAGCCUGUCACCCCCAAAAAUUUCAGCUCCAUGCAAAACCUCUAUCCGUCUUCCAAGUCAGAAGAUGUGGACCAUGGCGUGUCCAAUGGGCUACACAGAGCAUAUGCCAAUGUCCCAAAGGCUGUCUCCACCUCCUCGUCCUCGUCUUCACCGUCCCGCCAUGGUGGGCCUACAUCUAGUGCUAACAAGGCUGUCUCUUCUGUGCGUGGGAUGAGCCAGGAGGAUGAUAACCUGUCAGACUCAGGCCAUAACUCUAUGAGCAGCCUGCCGCCAUACCGGCCUCCAUUCCGCCCACACCUGGCUCACAUCAGUGCAUCUAUGGGCCACAUCAACACCAUCGGAUCUCUGGACCGAACAUCUCUGAGUCCAAAGGGUGCAGGGUCAGGGGGUGUGGUCAUAGGAGAGAUGGCCUGUCGCAGUAUGGCAACUCUUAGUCGUCUGGCUCCAUAUGGUGGAGAGGCUCCACCUCCUUAUGAAUGGACACUCUCCAUGUCUGUUGAAGAAGUGGUUCGAGAUCUAGAAGAGCGCUUGGUGGAGAAAGAACAUGAGCUGAAACAGAUGAGAAGAAACCUGGAUGAGAGUGAGGGAGCCAUUGCUCAGGUUUUCGAAGGAAAACAGCGUCUGUGGGAGAAGGAGGUGGAGGAGCUAAAACGCCUGUAUGCUGCCAAGCUGCGUCAGGUGUCUCAGCAUGCACAGCGCUCGCAGCGCAACCUGCAGUUACAGCUGUUCAGGGCCCAGCAGGAGAAGAGCCGACUGCAAGAGGAGCUCGACAACCUGAGAAGGGAAAGGACCCAGGAGGUUGUAGCCAUGGUAAAGCCAACCAGUCCCACUCUGGAGGAGACGCAGUGGGAGGUUUGCCAGAAGUCAGGGGAGAUCUCCUUAUUGAAGCAGCAUCUGAGGGACUCCCAGGCAGAGGUGACCCAGAAACUGAGUGAGCUCUUCCAGCUGAAGACGCAGCUCAGGGAGACUCGCACAGAGCUGCGCAACAAGGAGAGCCAGCUAGAUGCACUGAAGCUGGUUCUGCAGGGGACACAGCGACGCAGAGUCCUCUCACAGACUGCACAUGAUGAUGGAAAAGGAUCUGAGGAGAGUCCUUCAGCUGGGGCAACAGGAGGAUGCGGGGGCCCUACGGAGGAGCGUCUGCGCGCCGAGCUCCUGCUGGAGCGACGCCAGAGCGAGGCCCAGGCCAUGGCUUUUGAGGAGGAGAAGCAGACAUGGCAGACAGAAAAAGAUAAGGUCAUCCGCUACCAGAAGGAGCUGCAGGCCAGCUACUUAGACAUGUACUACCGCAACAAGGAGCUGGAGAGGGAGCUGCACCAGCUGAGGUUAUGCAGGGAGCAAGGAGGAGGAGGAGAAGGAGGUGGUGGGGGUGGAGGGAGCAGAAGUGGGACACUGGAAAAAGAAGUACCAGACCUGACGAGUGAGCGGGAGGACAAAAAACAAGAGGACAGGCCUUCCUCUGGUUUGCCCUGGAUAGAAAGAAUUGAAUCAUCGGAAAUUUGAAUGUGGCUGAUUUGCAAUGCAAACUAUUUUCUCCCUGUAGUAAGACAUCCACAGAAGCCUAUUUGACCAGGAACAGAAAAAAAAGCUGAACAUUUAAGAUGAGUUACAUGAAUAAUAUCAGAAAGUCAAGAUUGUGAGAAACUUCAGAAUUCACUCGGACAAAAAAAAACAUCAAAAGAUACCAAGCGGUUAAUUUUAUACCUUGGUUAAACUGUUGCUUCAAACCUGAAGGUCAAAACACUGAAUGUGUUUGAUUCUUAUCCUUUAAUUUUGACUAGAUUAGUUCCCUUUUAUAUCAGGCAUACAAUUUUUUUCUUUUUCUGGUGAAAUGGGUUGAGUAUGUUCCCCUCCUUUCGCAGUUCUCUACCCACACACCUUUGUUAACUAUGUGAAGCCCUUAUCCAGCACAGACCAGACCAACAACCCUCUGCAGUGCUCAAUAAUACUGAAGUUAUCAGCACAGAAAUACUGUCAACUAAUAAAACAGGCACCUGAACUGAUUUAUGUUUUAUCUGUAAUAAACCUGUAAAUGUUUGAUUAGUAUGCUAACCUUAUGUUGAGUUACUUCUUGGUUUGGGCUGCUGUACAGUCUUGACAGUAACCAAAGGCUUCAAAGGGAUUUAUUACAUGUAAGCACCUGUUCAGUCUGUGCAGGAGGUUUUUGUUGAUUAAGGAUCCACCUGGGCUUAUGGCGGAAGGCUGCAUCUUUGGGUUAAGUGUUGUGGAUUAGAGCGAUUCGGUGCCAAGGUACAAAUACUAUUUGUUUGCCAUUAAGAAAACACUGUACCCUACUUAAGGAACUUUUCAUUUGGUUUCCUGCCUGUGUCAGGUCUAUACUUUUUGUACAUAUUGUAAUUUUGACUUUAUUUGCCUUUUUUCAUUGAUUCAAAGCACACUGUCGUCUUAAGUGGGUAUGUUUUUGCAUCCUUUAAAUGCAAUGAAAAAGAUCAAUAAGUAAGGAUGAACAUGUCUGCCCUGCUUAUUGGUUCAAUUUGUUGCUCAAAUCCAGCCAAUAACAUCGGAUGCAUGCCCUAAAUGAAGUUGUUCUCUAUUAUUGUUUAUUGUUAAUAUAUAAGCAUUCAAAAGCCAGCUCUCUAUCGACCUUUCAACAUACUGUGACUCUUGUCUAUUUACUGGAAUAAAACCUGUACAGUAUAAGUAUAUAUGUUUGGUUUGUAUUCAAAAUAAACAUUUAUGAA